CGCGCCCUCGCGCCCUCGCGCCGGGGGCGGGCUUGCUGCGCGUGCCGGGCGGGGAAACGGCGCGAGCCGGGCGCCUGAGAACGUUCACCGCGGGGGCGGCUCCGGGGCCUGAGCGGGCGCAGCCGCCACCUCAGCCGCCGGGGCCGGGCCGGAGGAGGCGGAGGAGGCUGCGGCCGCCCGAGACCCUCUCGACGUCCCCAGCUCCUGCCGGGAAAGAGAGAGCACAAGCUGGGGAGAAGGGCAGAGGGAGAGAGAGAGAAUCUUAAGCAGGCUCCACACUCAGCAUGGAGCCGGACUUGGGACUCCACCCCACCACCUUGGUAUCAUGACCGGAGUUGAAAUCAAGGGCCGGACGCUCAACCUACUGAGCCACCUAGGUGGCCCCUGGAUUUCUUUCCUUUUAAAGGCUAAAUACUCUUCCAUUGUAUGAUGAUUGAGGAAAGUGGGAACAAGCGGAAGACCAUGGCAGAGAAGAGGCAGCUGUUCAUAGAAAUGCGUGCUCAGAAUUUUGAUGUCAUACGACUAUCAACUUAUAGAACAGCUUGCAAAUUACGAUUUGUACAAAAGCGAUGCAACCUCCAUCUUGUUGAUAUCUGGAACAUGAUUGAAGCCUUCCGAGACAAUGGCCUUAAUACACUGGACCAUACCACUGAGAUCAGCGUGUCCCGCCUCGAAACUGUCAUCUCCUCUGUCUACUACCAGCUGAACAAGCGCCUUCCUUCUACUCACCAAAUCAGUGUGGAGCAAUCGAUCAGCCUCCUCCUCAACUUUAUGAUUGCUGCAUAUGACAGUGAGGGCCGAGGCAAAUUGACCGUAUUUUCAGUUAAAGCUAUGUUAGCAACGAUGUGUGGUGGAAAAAUGCUGGACAAAUUGAGAUAUGUUUUCUCCCAGAUGUCAGAUUCCAAUGGCUUAAUGAUAUUUAGCAAGUUUGACCAGUUUCUGAAGGAAGUUCUGAAGCUCCCAACAGCUGUCUUUGAAGGGCCAUCUUUUGGUUACACAGAGCACUCAGUCCGCACCUGUUUUCCACAGCAGAAAAAGAUCAUGCUAAAUAUGUUUUUAGACACAAUGAUGGCCGAUCCUCCCCCCCAGUGCCUUGUCUGGCUACCUCUCAUGCAUAGGCUUGCCCAUGUGGAGAAUGUCUUCCACCCCGUGGAGUGCUCCUAUUGCCGGUGUGAGAGUAUGAUGGGCUUCCGGUACCGAUGCCAGCAGUGCCACAACUACCAGCUCUGCCAAAACUGCUUUUGGCGUGGCCACGCCAGCGGCCCUCACAGCAACCAACACCAGAUGAAGGAGCACUCCUCCUGGAAAUCCCCUGCAAAGAAGCUGAGCCAUGCAAUUAGUAAAUCUUUGGGGUGUGUACCCACCAGAGAACCCCCACAUCCUGUUUUUCCUGAGCAACCAGAGAAACCACUUGACCUUGCAAAUAUAGUUCCUCCUCGUCCUCUGGCCAACAUGAACGACACCAUGGUGAGCCACCUGUCCUCUGGGGUGCCCACCCCCACCAAGAGGGUUCAGAAUGUGAAUGGUGGUAUUAGUCUCUGGACUAAGACUGAGAACAACAGAAAUAUUGGCAAAACGAAGAAAGGAGGCAAACUGAAAUUGGCCAAGCCAGAAAUUAUCCAUUUGUGGACUCAGGCUAUUGGUGCUCUUCCCUCCUGUGAAAUGAGAACUGUUAACAUCAAGAGAGCAGCAGCCGUGUCUGGAUCCUGCUUACUGUGGUUACAGUAUAGCCAGGAUAUACCCAGUCACUUGGCCGAUGAGCAUGCGCUGAUAGCCUCCUAUGUGGCCCGUCUGCAACACUGUGCACGUGUCCUGGACAGUCCUAGCCGACUGGAUGAGGAACACCGGCUUAUAGCUCGCUAUGCUGCCCGGCUGGCUGCAGAAGCAGGAAACGUGACUCAAGUUAUGGCUUUGGAGGAGGAGGAGGAGAAAGAGGAGACCCGUCCUCCUACUGACUUGAGCUUUAACUUUGAUGCCAACAAACAACAAAGACAGCUUAUUGCAGAACUGGAAAACAAAAACAGGGAGAUCCUGCAAGAGAUUCAGCGUCUCCGUCUGGAGCAUGAGCAGGCUUCCCAGCCCACCCCUGAGAAGGCCCAGCAGAACCCCACGUUGCUGGCUGAGCUGCGGCUGCUGAGGCAAAGGAAAGAUGAACUGGAGCAGAGAAUGUCGGCGCUGCAGGAGAGCAGGCGCGAGCUGAUGGUUCAGCUGGAGGGGCUGAUGAAGCUGCUGAAGGAAGAAGAGCAAAAGCAGGCAGCUCAGGCCACAGGAUCACCACAUACAUCCCCCACUCACGGAGGCGGCCGCCCGAUGCCCAUGCCUGUCCGCUCAACGUCUGCUGGCUCCACCCCCACCCACUGUCCGCAAGACCCACUGAGCGGAGUCGGGGGAGACAUGCAGGAGGCCUUUGCACAAGGUACGAGGCGAAACCUCCGCAGUGACCUGCUGGUGGCCGCUGAUUCCAUCACCAACACCAUGUCAUCCCUGGUGAAGGAGCUCCACUCAGCAGAGGAAGGUGCAGAGGAAGAAGAAAAGAAGAUGCAAAGUGGGAAAGAAAGAGGUUAGCAGAGGAGCCGGGACAGAGAGGAAGCGCGGGCACAGGGGACAUGCAGCAAGCUGGCGUUGACAUGAGGAAGGCGAGAUCUUCCCCCAGAGGCGCAUUCCUGUCCAUCUUUCGGCUGCACACCUGGACCAGGCUUGCAGGCUGCCAGACGUCACUACCUGGCAGGAAGAGGGGAGCCCAAGCCGGUGGGAAAUGGGAGGGACUGCCUGAUGCCGCUGCCGCCGGUGGGCCUCCCCCUUGCACAGUCCUGCAUGAACUAGCAUCUUCCUCACUCCCCUCGGGCCACGGUCUCAUCUCUGCAACAGGAAUUUACCGGGAGGUUGAAAAGAGAAAAGAAACAGCACGAAUCUCCUGUG